AUGUUGAGGUUCCAUGUGGGCGGGAAGGUGGUCGAGAGAGUUGAUUUGUUGAGGAAGAAACACUGGGCAUGGCGGUUCGAUCUGUGGCCAUUCGCCAUUCUUUAUGCCACCUGGCUUGCCGUUGUUGUUCCCAGUAUAGACUUUGGGGAUGCUUUCAUUGUUUUAGGUGGACUUGCGGCUUUUCAUGUUCUGGUCUUGCUUUUCACUGCUUGGUCUGUUGAUUUCAAAUGUUUUGUCCAGUACAGUCAGGUUAAUGAUAUUCACCGUGCUGAUACAUGCAAGAUAGUUCCAGCAAAAUUUUCGGGCUCAAAAGAAAUUGUUUCGCUUCAUUUUCGUAGGCUUCUAGCGGGUUCUGCGUCUGGCGUUGAUCUUGAGGAGAUCUACUUUGAUUUCAGAAAACAACGAUUUAUUUAUUCAAAGGAGAAGGAGACGUUCUGCAAGCUUCCUUACCCAACAAAAGAAACUUUUGGUUAUUAUCUAAAGAAUACUGGCUAUGGCUCCGAGCCUAAAGUUGUAGCUGCUGUUGAAAAAUGGGGGCGCAAUAUAUUCGAGUAUCCACAACCUACGUUUCAGAAAUUAAUGAAGGAGCAGUGUAUGGAACCAUUUUUUGUGUUUCAGGUUUUUUGUGUGGGACUAUGGUGUUUGGAUGAGUAUUGGUAUUACAGCCUGUUUACUCUGUUUAUGCUGUUCAUGUUUGAGUCAACAAUGGCAAAAAGUCGGUUAAAGACCUUAAGUGAGUUAAGACGUGUCAGAGUGGAUACUCAGACCCUAAUGGUGCAUCGUUGUGGAAAGUGGGUGAAGCUACCUGGAACUGAGCUUUUGCCUGGAGAUGUUGUCUCCAUAGGGCGUGAUUCUGGUCAGAGUGGUGAUGAUAAAUCUGUACCUGCUGAUAUGCUUAUCUUGGCUGGAAGUGCUAUUGUUAAUGAAGCCAUUCUUACUGGGGAGUCUACACCACAAUGGAAGGUUUCAAUAACUGGGAGAGGAAUCGAGGAGAAGUUAUCAGCUAAGAGAGACAAAAGUCAUGUGUUAUUUGGUGGGACCAAAAUACUCCAGCAUACUCCGGAUAAGACCUUUCCUCUUAGAACCCCUGAUGGUGGCUGCCUAGCAGUUGUUUUGCGAACUGGAUUUGAAACAAGUCAAGGGAAACUAAUGCGCACAAUUUUGUUUUCUACAGAGAGGGUUACAGCUAACAGUUGGGAAAGUGGCCUAUUUAUUAUGUUCUUAGUUGUAUUUGCAGUUAUAGCUGCUGGUUAUGUACUUGUAAAGGGGUUGGAAGAUCCCACGAGAAGCAAGUACAAGCUUUUCCUUAGUUGCUCACUUAUAAUCACUUCUGUUAUUCCUCCUGAACUACCAAUGGAACUGUCGAUAGCAGUUAAUACAUCAUUAAUUGCUCUAGCACGCCGUGGAAUAUUUUGUACAGAGCCUUUCCGAAUACCAUUUGCUGGGAAGGUUGAUAUUUGUUGUUUCGAUAAAACUGGAACAUUGACAUCAGAUGACAUGGAGUUUCGAGGAGUAGUUGGGUUGAGUGAUAAGGAGGAUUUGGAAACUGACAUGACUAGUGUGUAUUUGCGCACAGUUGAAAUUCUGGCUUCUUGCCAUGCAUUGGUUUUUGUGGACAACAAGUUGGUGGGGGAUCCUCUUGAAAAGGCUGCUCUCAAGGGAGUUGAUUGGAUUUACAAAUCUGAUGAGAAAGCCAUUCCCAGAAAGGGUAGUGGCCACGCUGUCCAGAUUGUUCAGAGGCACCACUUUGCUUCACAUUUGAAGAGAAUGGCAGUUGUUGUGCGCCUUCAAGAGGAAUUUUUUGCAUUUGUGAAGGGUGCCCCGGAAACCAUCCAGGAGAGGCUCACUGAUAUACCUUCAUUUUAUGUUGAGACGUAUAAAAAAUAUACACGACAAGGUUCCCGUGUCCUUGCUCUUGGUUACAAAUCACUUCCGGACAUGACAGUUAGUGAAGCUCGAGGCCUGGAUAGGGACUUGGUGGAGAGUGACCUGACAUUUGCUGGUUUUGCGGUGUUCAAUUGUCCAAUUAGAGCAGAUUCAGCUACAAUAUUAUCUGAGCUUAAAGGAUCAUCCCAUGACUUGGUAAUGAUUACUGGUGACCAAGCUUUAACAGCGUGCCACGUAGCUAGUCAAGUUCAUAUUACCUCAAAGCAAAUUUUAAUUCUCAAUUCAAUGAAGGGAACUGAGGAACAUGAAUGGCUUUCCCCAGAUGAGUCGCAGACAGUUCCCUACAGAGAGAAAGAGGUGGGAACUUUAUCAGAGACGUAUGAUCUUUGUAUUGGAGGUGACUGCAUCGCAAUGCUACAACGCACCUCCACUGUGCUGGAUGUUAUUCCAUAUGUUAAGGUUUUUGCAAGAGUUGCUCCUGAGCAGAAAGAACUGAUUUUGACCACUUUCAAAACAGUUGGAAGAAUGACGUUAAUGUGUGGGGAUGGAACAAACGAUGUUGGAGCUUUGAAGCAGGCCCAUGUAGGAAUUGCUCUCCUAAACGCAGUCCCUCCUCCUCAAAGUGGUACCUCUUCUUCAGAAGCAUCUAAAGAUGAGGCUGUACGGUCUGCAAAGUCAAAGAAAUCUAAGCCUUCAUCCGAAACAUCAGGAAAAGCACUUUUAAGCGGGGAAGGUUCUUCAAAAAGCAAAGGUGGUGCAAAAAUGGAUUCUGCUGCUGAGCAAGCUAGUAAUCGUCCACGGACACCUGCAGAGAUGCAAAGACAGAAGCUAAAGAAACUUAUGGAUGAGUUAAACGAAGAGGGCGAUGGGCGCUCUGCUCCUAUUGUCAAGCUUGGAGAUGCAUCCAUGGCAUCACCAUUCACCGCAAAGCAUGCUUCUGUUGCCCCUACUACUGACAUUAUUCGCCAAGGUCGAAGUACUCUAGUGACAACUCUACAGAUGUUUAAAAUACUUGGUCUCAAUUGCCUCGCUACUGCCUACGUACUGAGCGUUAUGUAUUUGGAUGGUGUAAAGCUUGGCGAUAUUCAAGCCACUAUCAGUGGAGUUUUCACAGCAGCCUUUUUUCUCUUCAUCUCACAUGCACGGCCCCUUCCGACACUCUCAGCAGAACGCCCCCAUCCACAUGUCUUUUGCUCUUAUGUUCUCCUUUCUUUGUUGGGCCAAUUUGCAAUCCACUUAUGUUUCUUGAUUUCUUCAGUGAAAGAAGCUGAAAAGCAUAUGCCUGAUGAAUGUAUAGAGCCUGACUCAGAUUUUCAUCCCAACUUGGUUAACACGGUUUCAUACAUGGUAAGCAUGAUGCUUCAGGUGGCAACCUUUGCUGUAAACUACAUGGGUCAUCCCUUCAACCAGAGUGUAUCCGAAAACAAGCCGUUCUUAUACGCUCUCUUGGCUGCGGUCGUUUUUUUCACUGUUAUUACCUCUGAUUUGUUUAGAGAUCUCAAUGACUGGCUGAAACUGGUUCCGUUGCCUGUGGGACUGAGGGACAAGCUUCUGGCUUGGGCACUUCUUAUGUUCUUGUGCUGUUACUCUUGGGAAAGACUGUUGAGAUUUAUGUUCCCGGGUAAAAUCCCGGCAUGGCGGAAGCGACAACGACUAGUGGCUGCUAAUCUGGAGAAGAAGAAACAGGUCUGAGUGGAAUUUUUGGUGGCAAGUGUGGAGGAAUCAACAGUUGAUAAGCAAUGGGUUCGAGCCCAUGUAUUGUAGCAAUAGAAGAAACUGAUGAUUUAUAUUUGCCACUGAGGCUUACUUAGUGGUGGAAUUUUGUCAAAAUUACUUAUAAAAUUUAGGAUUAGACAUGCUAUUUAUGGGUAAUCUUAGACUGACAACUAUUGAUUGGGCUCAGUUUUUCAAAUUCAAAAGAUGUAAAUGACACAUUUAGUCAUCGUUGCUUUAUCCUAAUUUAAUGAAAUGCUGUUCCACAGUUCGGUACUA